AUGCCCAUCAUCCAAAGCACCUGCAUCUCAAAUGUCCUGCCAAUCCCCAACUCUGCGGUUCCACUUCCACCCUAUUCUUUGAGCUGCUCCACCCUCAGCUCCAGAGCUUCUGCAUUCUUUACCAGAAAUAGCAACCCAAUCUUCAAGCCCAAUUACGCUCCUUUCCUCCGUACGAAGCCCCCAAGGGGUGCUCGUUUGGUCAUCCAGGCCGCUGGAACUGAUUAUUAUAAGACUCUCAACGUCCCUAGAAGUGCCACGUUGCAGGAGAUCAAGUCCUCUUAUCGGAAGCUCGCUCGCAAGUAUCAUCCAGACUUAAACAAGGGUGCUGGGGCUGAGGACAAGUUUAAAGAGAUUAGUUCUGCAUAUGAGGUCCUAUCAGAUGAUGAGAAAAGGUCUUUAUAUGAUCGCUUUGGUGAAGCAGGUUUACAGGGAGAAUAUGAUUCUUCGACCAUGGGUUCAACAGGGGUGGAUCCUUUUGACGUUUUUGAUACAUUCUUUGGAGGGUCAGAUGGGAUUUUUGGAGGAAGGGGUGAAUCAGGAGGCUUUAACUUCAAUUUGAGGAACAGGGGAAACCAGGGUCUAGACAUUAGGUAUGAUCUGUAUCUGAGCUUUGAAGAAUCCAUUUUCGGAGUACAGAGGGAAAUUGAAGUUUCUUCGGUUGAGACAUGUGAUAAUUGUGGUGGAACAGGUGCUAAAUCUGAUAAUUGCAUAAAAUCAUGUACUGGUUGUGGAGGAAGAGGAGGGAUGAUGAAAACUCAGAGAACACCAUUUGGCAUGAUAUCACAGGUAUCAACCUGCUCAAAGUGUGGCGGUGAUGGUAGAAUAAUCACUGAUCCUUGCCAAAGAUGCAGUGGCAAGGGACAAGUACAGUCCAAAAGACCUAUGAGUGUGACCAUCCCAGCCGGUGUUAACGAUGGAGCCACAAUGCAAAUUCAAGGGGAGGGAAAUUUUGAUAAGAAAAGGGGUACAGUUGGUGAUGUCUUCAUAGUGCUUCAUAUAGACAGAAAGGCUGGAAUUCAUAGAGAUGGACUCAAUCUGUACUCAAAGAUAAAGAUUGAUUAUACUGAGGCCAUUUUAGGGACUGUUAUAAAGGUUGAAACUGUUGAAGGCUUGAAAGAGCUUCAGAUUCCUUCUGGAAUUCAGCCUGGUGAAACAGUAAAGUUGCUGCGCAUGGGGGUUCCAGACAUGAACAAACCUUCUACUCGAGGAGAUCAUCACUUUGUUGUCAAUGUUCUGAUCCCAAAGAUAAUCAGUGAUAAGGAACGCGUACUUGUUGAAGAGCUGGCUUCACUUAAGGCAUCUAGAGAGGGUCAUUCAGUUGCUUCCAAAGGCACAGGGACACAAGAUGCGAAUUUUGCCAUGCAUAGAACCAGUGCUUCAAGCCAGGGGACUAGUCGUGUUGCAUCCUUGUGGAACUCAAUAAAGGGCGUACUGGGGAAGCGGCAGUCUUCGUCGGGAGAGGGUUUUGCAUCAAUUGGUCCCCCAUUUAGUCACGCCAUAGUUUAUGGAUGUUGCUUAGGAUAUAAACUUCCCUGCCCCGGUGCCUCUGAUAGGAAGAGAGGGGCAGUGGCACCAGUUACACAUGUUGUAAUGCUUGAGGUGAACGUUCCCAAGACAAAGAAGACACUGCAAGAGCAAGGAGUGAAAGAGGCGUUACGGCGUUACGAUCGUAAGCAAUCAGGUUAUGGAGGUCAAACCAAGCCAGUGUUCCUCAAGAAGGCAAAAACUACAAAGAAGAUUGUCCUGAGGCUCCAAUGCAAAGGUUGCAAGCAUGUGUCUCAGCACCCAAUCAAGAGGUGCAAGCACUUUGAGAUUGGUGGAGACAAGAAGGGAAAGGGAACCUCUCUUUUCUAA